GGGAGCGGCGGCAGCGGCGGCAGCAGCAGCUGCAGCGGCGGCAGCGGCGGCGAGGAUCGGCGCCCCGAGCCCUGCCCGGGCCGCUGGCCGCCUCCCCCCCGAGGGCCCGGCUCCCGUCGCUGCAGCAGCAGCAGUGGCCGCGGCAGGAGCGGCAGCAGCAGCAGCUCCGGGGCUAGCGAAGCCCGGCUCCCCGCCGCCCUCCCCGCGCCCGGCCAUGCCUAGCUCCAUCUACCAGCCCGAGGGAGGGGAGGCGGCGGCGGCGGCGGCGGCGGCGGGACCGCCCCACGGCGGCGGCCUGGGGAUGCUGAGCCCCGGCCCCGGACAGCAGCAGCAGCAGCAGCAGCAGCAGCCCCCCGCGCCCCCGCCGCCGCCCCCGCCCACCCCGCCGCCGCCCCCGCCGCCCCCGAUCGCAGACCAGGGCGCAGAGGGGGCGGCCCCGCCGGAGCAGGAGGAGGCGGCCGCCGCCGCCCUGAGGUUCGCCCUGGACCAGCUCUCCAUCUUGGGGUUGGAGGAAGAGGAGGACGACGAGGAAGAGGAAGAGGAGGAAGAAGGCGGGGUGAACGGCGAGGCCUGCGCCGAGGAGGAGGAGGAGGAGGAGGAGGAGGACGAUGAAGAGGAAGAAGAAGCGGCCGACGGCGCCCUGGAAGACCUGGACCCCGCCACCGGGCCCGGGCUGGACGCCCCCGGAGGGGUGGCCGUCGGGACGGGGGGCGUUCUGGGAGCCCUCCAGAUGUUGGACACGGACGUGAGCCCCCCGGCCUCCAACACCACGUCCCCGCCAGAUGUGUUCAGCAACUUCCACCACCACCCACACCUGAGCCACCACUCCAUCCUGGCGGAGCAGAUGAGUGUGAUCGGCAGCCGGAAGAAGAGUGUCAACAUGACCGAGUGUGUCCCCGUGCCCAGCUCGGAGCACGUCGCCGAGAUCGUGGGGAGACAAGGAUGCAAGAUCAAGGCGCUUCGAGCCAAGACCAACACGUACAUCAAGACCCCCGUGCGGGGGGAGGAGCCCAUCUUCAUCGUGACCGGGCGCAAAGAGGACGUGGAGAUGGCUAAGCGGGAGAUCCUGUCGGCAGCCGAGCACUUCUCCAUGAUCCGAGCCACCCGCAACAAGGUGAACGGCCUGACGGGGGCCGUGCAAGGGCCCCCCAACCUCCCGGGGCAGACCACCAUCCAGGUCCGUGUGCCCUACCGGGUGGUGGGGCUGGUGGUGGGGCCCAAGGGAGCCACCAUCAAGCGGAUCCAGCAGCAGACCCACACGUACAUCGUGACCCCGAGCCGGGACAAGGAGCCCGUGUUUGAGGUGACGGGCAUGCCAGAGAACGUGGACCGCGCCCGCGAGGAGAUCGAGGCCCACAUCACCAUGCGCACGGGCUCCUUCAUCGACGCUGGCGCAGAGAACGACUUUCACUCCAACGGCACCGAUGUCUGCCUCGACCUGCUGGGGGGGCCCGCUGGGCUCUGGGCCAAGGCCCCCAAUCCGGCCCGGCGGCCCUCGGCGGGCCUGCGCGCGGACAGCCUGGCCCCCGCCGAGGCCUUCUACGGCAGCCGGGCUCCCGCGGCCGAGCCGGGCCCCACCAGCCCUUACGGGCCAGGGCCCGGCCCCGGGGGAGGCGGCGGCUUCGGCUUCGGGGGCGACAAUCAGUCCGGGGCCCCGCCCGCCCCGCCGCUGGGCUCCGAGGACUGUGACUUUGGCUUUGACUUCCUGGCCCUCGACCUGACCACGCCAGCUACCAUCUGGUCCCCCUUUGAGCGCACCAACCCCCUGCAGGCCUUCGGAGGCUGCCCUUCGGUGCCGGGCUGCCCCCAGCGGAGGAACAGCGGGCUCAGCGGGGCCGCCACCCCCCGCCACUCGCCCACGCUGCCCGAGCCGGGGGGCAUCAGCCUGGAGCACCCGCUGGCCCGGCGCAUCCCCAGCGAGCCCGUCAGCGCCCUCUCCUGGCUCCCGGGGCCGCAGGGCUCGCUCUCGUCCUUCUCCAACAGCACCGGCUACUCGUCAUCUUCGUCAUCCUCCCUGCCGGGCAGCGUGUCAGCAGCGUCGGGCUCUCCCACAGACUCCAGCAGCUCCGAGGGCGCCCGCAAGGCCUCCCGGGACUGCAUGGUGUGCUACGAGAGCGAAGUCAUCGCCGCCUUAGUCCCCUGCGGCCACAACCUCUUCUGCAUGGAGUGCGCUGUCCGGAUCUGCGGGAAGGCUGAGCCCGAGUGCCCUGCCUGCCAUACCCCAGCCACCCAGGCCAUUCGUGUGGAAGCUGCCGGCACUAGGCAGACUGGCUGUCCUACAGUUAUUUCCAAAUAACAGUAUUCAGUUGAAAAGUUAAAAUAAACAGAGAGAAGAGGUC